UUUCGGGUCAGCUUGCCGGUCCCGUCUGACAGCUGCUUCCGGCCGGAGCGCGGUGCAGGGCGAACCGGUCUCAGCUCCUUGUCAUGUCCUACGGUCCCUUACACAUGUACCGGAACCCGGGGCCCUCAGGGCCCCAGCUCCGGGACUUCAACAGCAUCAUCCAGACAUGCAGCGGCAACAUCCAGCGGAUCAGCCAAGCCACUGCUCAGAUAAAGAAUUUGAUGAGCCAACUAGGAACUAAGCAGGACUCAAGCAAGCUGCAGGAAAAUCUGCAACAGUUACAACACUCUACAAAUCAGCUUGCCAAGGAAACAAAUGAAUUGCUGAAGGAAUUAGGGUCCUUGCCCCUUCCCUUAUCUACUUCAGAACAGCGCCAGCAGAAACUUCAGAAGGAACGCCUCAUGAAUGACUUCUCUGCAGCCUUAAACAAUUUCCAGGCUGUGCAGAGAAGGGUAUCUGAAAAAGAAAAGGAGAGUAUUGCCAGAGCAAGAGCUGGAUCUCGCCUUUCUGCAGAGGAGAGGCAAAGAGAGGAACAGCUCGUCUCAUUUGACAGCCAUGAGGACUGGAACCAGAUGCAAAGCCAGGAGGAUGAGGUGGCCAUCACCGAGCAGGAUCUGGAACUUAUUAAAGAGAGGGAAACAGCAAUACGGCAGCUGGAGGCUGAUAUUCUGGAUGUCAACCAAAUUUUUAAAGAUUUGGCCAUGAUGAUCCAUGACCAAGGUGAUCUGAUUGAUAGCAUAGAAGCCAAUGUGGAAAGCUCAGAGGUACAUGUCGAAAGAGCCACUGAUCAGUUACAACGUGCUGCUUACCAUCAGAAAAAAUCUCGCAAGAAGAUCUGUAUCCUGGUGCUUGUCCUGUCAGUGGUUAUUGUAAUCUUGGGAUUUAUUAUCUGGCUAAGUUCUAAAUGAAGUGAUUGCCUCAGAGCCUUCUUCGCUGAGCUGUUUUCAAGGGCAAGGGCUUGUUGGAGUCUUGCCAGAAUAAACUGAUCACAAGAAAAGAGCAUAUACCAGAACAUCCUGUAACAAUUUAGUUAGAAACUAACUGCUAACUAGUUGUUGGAAUUAGUGACCUAUGGAGAUAGUAUUUAUCAAUUUAUGUAUACAUUUUAUUGAUUUCUCAAAUUAGGAAUUAACUUAUGUGGAUUUUGCUUUCUCUUGUAUUUUGAUUGCCCUUCGUCCCAAGUGUAUAUGGAAGAUUCCAUUCUAGAUGCUCUUGUUUUGACAGGUGACACUACAGUCUUGUAAUAUUGUCUUUUUAUGUGUACACCAGAUUUACCUUUUUACUAGCAACUGAAAUAGAAUUACUUUCUGGCACCCAGCAUAUUGGAGUCUGUCAGAAACUGUAUAAUAAGCCAACAAUUUUUAUUAUUUAACAUUUUAAUUUGAAUUUCUAAGAAGCCUAUUCUCUGCUUUGAAAGAUUUUGAAACUGUUUAACUGGAAAGUAAAAAAUUGCCCAUGUGAUCCAGAUUAAAUGAGAAGGCUCUAUCUGAGCUGGUCAGUUGUUGGGGUACAUGUUACUAAGCUGGGUUUAAAGUUUACUUUAUUAUCUGCUAGGAUCAUCUAGAACAGUUCACCCUUAUACACACUAAGCCAUCUUGUUCCCUUUUUAAGAGGUUAAUUUAAUUAACAUUACUAUACACUAUGGGGUCCCUCUCUUACCUGUCUGUAUAGAAAGAGAAAAUUAGACAGAGCAUGCUUUUGGAAAGCAGAUAGGAAUUAAUUGGAAUGAUUUAAUCUUUUUGUUAUUGUUGUUCACUUGUGAUUCUACAUUCCUGGUGAAUGAUAAAUGUUGCCAUCAAAGGGUUGCUUCCUACCCCAUAAGGGUUACUGGGCAUUUGAUGGGAGGGAGAGUUUAAAGCUAGACUGAGGUUGGUUUAAAAUUUAGUCCUGUGAACCGGGUGAUAAAGCAAAGAAGAGGUUCAUUUUUGUAAAUACUAUUGGUUUGGAAUAGUAAUAUUAGACUUAUCCUAAUUUAUGAACAAGAGAUUAAUCUCUCCCUGCAUAGUUUUAGAUACACACACACAAAUGUUUCAAUAAAAGAUCGCUGUCUUGUAAUAUAAAUGUCAUCCACUCCUCUUUUUCACAGGCCUAGAGCAGUUAAAGGGAACAUAAUUUCUUUAGGCUCUCACAUAAAUGUGAAUCCACCCAGUGAUUUCAGUUCAUCCUUCAGUGAAUUAAAGGAUUUGGCUACCCUGGAUAUAUUUAUAUUCCUUUCUUCCAUUUCUGCUCAAUGUUACUUAAUCUUCUUUUACUGAACUAAUGUGAACAGCAUGGAAACAAUGACCCAAAUGCAUUAAGUUUCUUUGCACUCUUGCACCAUUCCACCCAAUUAAUACAAAUAAACAUUUUUAAAGCUUUUGUAGUAAGUUUUUAUGAGUUAACAUCCUAAUGAGGUAGGUUUUAGGUUAUGUGCUGUCCUCAGAAAAAUUGAGACCCUCGACCCUCCUUGGAGAUUAGGUGACGGUUGGUUUGGGGGAUGGGAUAGGUGCUGCUGCAGUCCUUUUCUUGAAAAACAGGAUGGAGUUGUUGGGGUGGCUCGGUGGCCCAAGCAGCAGUUUCAGAUCUGUUUCCUUGGUUCUGUAAUCACUGGUCCUACAGCUGGACUUGGAUACAUCAUUUCUAACACUCCAGAAAAGAAAAAAAGCCUUUACUGUGAAAAACUAUUUGAAUUUGGGUAAAAUAAAGUGACCAUAGUUCUGUUCUAUAAUACUAUGUAAUCCAGUGGUAGUGGUAAUGGUGGUUAUGGGUAGCAAAGAUGAGCUUGACCUAGAAUUUGUGGUAGUUGCCAAAGAAGUUCUGCUAGAUGGUCCUAAUAAACAUAUUCACAGAAUCCCCGUGAUCUGUGCCUUGAUCAUCUUUGGUGCACCAUGGUCUAGGGCAGUGGUUCUUCACCUUGGCUUCACACUGGAAACUUAGAAAAAAUACUGAUACCUACGUCCUCCUGCCCCAAGAUUCUAACUUAAUUAGUCUUCCGUAUAGCCUGGACAUAGGGAUAUUUAAAAGCUCCAGGUAAUUUUUAUGUGCAAUCAUGGUUGAGAACCAUUGGUUUGGAGUUCAAAAAACUAAGCUGGGGUGCAGAAGACCUGGAGAAUCUUAGCUCUGCCAUUAACUUGCUGUGGGCCUCUGAACAAGUCACUUAACCCACAGGCCUCGAGUUUUCUCAAUAUCUCUUUUCCAGCUAUAGAAUUCUUCGAUUAUAAGGAUCACAUGGGUUUAGUCUGAACAUAUAAAUUGUACGUUCACUUCUGUAUUCCUCUCCUGUUUUCUUCCUCUUUUCUCCUUCCAUUAUUCUUCCUUUAUGGAACAUUCUAGGAGAACUGGGCAGAUCUAGCAUUCUCUCUUAAAACAAAGUAAAACUGUAGUACUGUAUAGGAUAAAGUAGAAAUGUCCUGCUGGCCACUUCACUUGGAAAUGUUCCAGAACAAGAGCUUGCUAGACCCCAGACUGAUGCUCCUAGGAGGUGGGGGAGGUUCCCUUGCAGCAAUGCUCAAUCUAGCUCUGAAGCUAAACUUAAACUGCCUUGUACCAUUGGACAGGAAUGUCAAAAUGAAAUUACCCUUCAGUCAGUGCAAAGUAAAUCAUCCUGAGUCUUCUUCAUUCAGUCUCUCUUGCUAUCCAGAGGCUGUCCUCAGUAAUGGAAUGAAACUUCUGCUUUUGUCACUAAGUGCUGACCGGAACCCAAACUGAAUUUCAGUCCAUCCUGUUCCCUAGGGCUACGAAUCAGGAACUUCCUCCCUGCUUUUCCAAGCAUGUUUAAUGUAUCUUUAAAGUACCAAAGGAUUUUUCAUUACUGCUUUCCAGAUCUACAAAAUACAGCUAUUUUAGAAUCUAUUUAACCAGGAAAUAGUUUAAAAGGUUUUGAUUCCCAACCCCUGGUCCUAUUUUUAGGCCAACUGAGUGGUUCAUUUUAAUGUUUUACCAAAAUGAAAUUUGAUUAAUAAUGUAUCACUUUUUUUUUAAAGGACAGUAGAACUUUCAAUGCUGGACUCUGAUUCAAGACCAAGUAUUUACCAGUCCAUAUAAAAAGAAAAAUUAUGUAGUGGGCUUUUUAAAGUACCAUCUGAGUCUGACCUAAUAUUCUUCCAACUUUUUAAAAAGGAUACUUUAAGAUAAUAAAAAUGAAAAAGUGAUAGUGUUAGAUGGCAGUCUUCAUUUUUAAAUCUCCUUAGGUGGCAAAAUAAAAGUUGAUUCUGCUAUAUUACCUUUUUUUUUCCUUUCCUGGUUUAUGACAUCUCUAAAAUCUGUGAACGAUUCAUCUAGACUAGCCUCAUCAUUUUACAACCAAAGAAGCUGAGGCCAGGAAUGGUAGUCUAACAUAGGAAUUUAAAGGCUUGAGGAGGUAUUCUGCAUAUGGUCAUCUGUGGGAUAAUAUUUGAGUCCUUACAAUCAAUAAGUUACAAAACUAAAUGCUUUAUUAUCUCAUAUCCACAAAACCAUCUAGGAGAGGUAUUUUUCUUGUCCUCAUUUUAUGGAUCAGGAAACUGAGUCAUAGUAGUAAUUAACCUGCCUUUAGUCACACAAUUUAAAAGUGAUGGAGCCAGGAUUUAAUCUCAAGCACUCAGCCUUCAAAACCACACCUUUAGACAGUUUAAUAUACUGCCUCCAUGCCACAUUAUCACUGAUGCAAACCAUCCUGCUCAUCCCUCUUCCAGGAAGCCUUUCCCUAAACACCUGGAGGAGUGACAAUGUCUGUCCAAUCUUUCAUAAACUCCUUUUUUUCCAUCAGUACCUUGUGAACUUCUCUUCAUUCACCACCUUGCUAAGUGAAGCCUCCUGCUUGUACAAUCUAUACACACAUAUACCACACACACACAAUUUUUUCAGUGUCUCCAUUUGAGCACUUAUAAAUCAUAUCAAAGAUGUUUUUAAAAAUUUUUUUUUGACAUGAAUAUGCUCCUGAUGUCUUUAGAUUCUAUUCUAAGGAAGGCUAUCAAAGGCUAAGGAAUUCAUCUUUUUGUUGCAAUACCAAAAUCCAAAGGCAGCUAGCUCAACAGUCUUCCCAUGUCAAGAAGUUAAGGGCCUAGACUGCUGCCCUCCAGUUUGCUGACAUCAUUGGUGCCCAAACAAAGAGCAUUUUGCUUUAUAACAGGUUAGGUAAGUAUAAAGUGCCAGUACAUCAGAGGCCAGUGUGAAUAUCAGCUGUGCUAGAAACAGUGAACAUGUCCGAGGAGUAAAGAAUUAUAAGGGUAAGAAUAUGGAUUUUUCUGAAGUAAGCACGAAAAACAA